AUGUUGAUCAAAACGAUCUCGGCGGCGUUUUUCGUGUUUGCUUUCGUUAAAAGCGUCAGUUCAAGUCCAGCUGGAGUCCAGGCAAGUGAUGUGGGCGAAGUGGAGAACGGGUCAGGGAUGCUGCAAAUUGAAAACAUCAACCUUCUGGAUCAGCUGUGGCAAGUGGCAAACAGCAGUAAUGCCUCUGUUACUCUGGAGGGUCAGAGAUGUCCAGUGCUGCAUGUAGGACAGUACUCCACCCUCGCUCUGCCUCUACGUCAGUUAUUUGGACACAGCUUUGGAGAUGAGUUCAGUUUGCUGCUGCAGCUGCGCAGUUCUCAGCAUGAUGACCGCAGCCUGCUGACCUUCCUCUGCCCUGACGGACACAUCCUUCUGCAGAUCCGCAUCAGUGCCUAUGCCUUCACCUUUAUCAGCACACAGCAGCGCCACUACGAGUUUCCUGUGACUGUGUUGUCUGAUGGUAAUUGGCAUCGAGUGGCAGUGAGUGUGUCUACAGGGCGGAUAGCGCUGUAUGUGGACUGUGCUAUGGUGGAAAGUGUAGACUGGGCCUACCAGGAUGGCCUGGGCAUUACCACCGAGGGACUCGUCAUGGUGGGAGGAAUCAUCGAGGGAUUUGAAACACCAUUUGAGGGUGAUCUGAAGCAGGUGACAUUCCUGAUGGGGGAACCAGACGCAGCCAGAGAUCAGUGUGGUGUGUUUGUACCACAAUAUGAUGGGGCUGCUCAUAACUCCGCCCGAUCCCCUCGGACACAUGAACUAGAGGAUCUCCUGCUGUCAUCAAAUGACCUGGAGGACUUACUGGAGAAUUCUGACCCAGCGGACAGGGACUCCAUCCGCGCUGCGCUGACUGGUCUGAGGAGACGUGGCCUAGUUCGUGGAGACGGUAUACUCCCUACAGGCUCCAAGAGGCCUGGAUCUGUGGGCCGUGGGGACGUCUUUGAGGUGGAUGAGGACACUGAUCUGGCUGACCCUAACACUCUGUCCAAAAAUGGUGGCUUACCUCACAAGACCCACAUACCCCUUGCUAAAGGCAGCAAGGGAGGCAAACCAGACUCUACAUCUAAGCAUCUGGAUGAGAACAUCACCACUGACAAGAACAAAGAUGACAAAACCUUCCCUAAGAAGCCAGUGGAUAACACUAUUAUCAAUCUGGAUGUUAGGACUCCCUCUGUCUCUAAGAAACCCUCUGGAGAAAGCCCACUGGAGCCCCCCUCAGGACCUGAUGACACUGAGUCCAACCUCUUAAAGGAAGUGGAGGAAAAGGGAGCUCCAACUAAGGCUCCAUUUAUCACAUCCACUGAGAGCAUUAGUCAGGACAGAAGAACUACAACUGCCAGCAUUCAUGACUCUUUAGGCACUGUGAUUCUCACAGGUAAAGAAGGGGGCAUGGUGAGAGGCUCAGAUGGGAGGAUCUAUCAGGUCCGCAGAGGGCCUCCAGGGUCAGUGGGGCCCCGUGGGCUAACAGGUUGUCCUGGCAGUGAAGGCUAUCCAGGGUUCAAAGGCGACAAGGGUAGUAUGGGUCCAGAGGGUCAUCCUGGUCAUCCUGGAAACCCAGGCCCACCAGGCCCACCCGGACUGCCAACCCUUUAUCUGUGGAGGAACACCGCUGAAGAGUGGGCUGCUUUUCAGCAGACCUCUUUCUUCCAGCUGCUGUAUGCAGGUUGGCCUAGACAGCAGGGUCCACCUGGGCCAGAGGGAGAGAUGGGAAAAUCAGGCCCACAGGGACCACCAGGUGAUCCUGGAGAUAGAGGACCACCAGGGCGAAUGGGAGAUAUGGGUGAUCCUGGCCCACCUGGUGUCCCUGGAAAAGCAGGGAUUCCUGGUAAAGAUGGAGAAAAUGGUCUGAAUGGACACCAGGGACCUUCUGGGAUACCUGGACCACAGGGGCCUCUUGGCUAUAAAGGAGACUCUGGCUCACCUGGAGAAAAAGGAGAUGAGGGACUUAUUGGAGCAGAGGGUCGCUGUGGAGAUAUGGGGGAACCUGGAGAGAAAGGCUCCAAAGGACUUCCUGGUCAGCCUGGUCCUGUUGGUCCACAAGGUCCACAAGGGCUCAGAGGGGCUGAGGGCCUUGACGGGCCUCCAGGGCCAGAUGGGGAUAAUGGCUUAGAAGGCCCAGCAGGUCCACCAGGGGCUCCAGGCCCUCCUGGGGUCACUGGCUUGGUCGGCGUUCAGGGAGUGAAUGGUUCGAGGGGAGAGCCUGGACCUGCAGGAAUCUCCGGCCCCCGAGGGCCUCAGGGUCCUCAGGGAUUGGAUGGGCAGAUUGGGCCUCCAGGGCCUCCAGGCCCACAGGGCCAGCCAGGCAGAGAAGGCAUAAAUGGCCCAAAAGGAGAUCCUGGACUUAUCGGGCCCACAGGCCGUCGGGGCGAGCCUGGGUUCGAGGGCCCCAUGGGUGCUGCAGGAGCACAGGGCUCACAGGGUUUUAUGGGUGACAGAGGUAAAAGAGGACCUGAUGGAGACAAGGGGGAUAUGGGACCAAAAGGUGAAAAGGGUAUCAAAGGGGCCCCAGGGAUACAGGGUUCUCAGGGUGAACGGGGAUCUGCUGGUUUUCCUGGCUUUCCAGGAAUGAAAGGUCAGCCUGGACCAAGUGGCAUCCAGGGUGAAGAUGGAGAGGGUGGUCCACGGGGCAGAACAGGAAAGGAGGGUCCAAAGGGGCAGAGGGGCCCAGAUGGCCGUCAGGGAAAACCAGGUCCCAGGGGGCCAAAGGGCCGUACUGGACAAAGAGGUCACACUGGUAUGCCCGGACCACCGGGAUUGACAGGCUCUCCAGGAGCAGUGGGAGCUGAAGGAAAGCCUGGUACACAGCCGUCUGCCAAUGGUACUGGCACUAACAGGAUGACUCAUGGAGGGAAUCACUGCUUGCUGAAUGUCCGCAAUCGUGGCUGUUGUGCCAUUCUGUGCGUCGGACAAUCCAUUGGUUCUCUGUGGUUCAUGGACCUCAAGGUGCUAUUGGGCUUUCAGGGCACUGCAGGAGAGGACGGUCUGGAUGGACCACCAGGACCUCCUGGCCCACCAGGACGAGAAGGGCCGAUGGGCAGUCCAGGGCCACCAGGAGAGAGGGGUUUCUCUGGGAAGCCUGGAGCAGAGGGUCCUCAGGGCCCUGUUGGCAUGUAUGGCUUCCCAGGGCCUAUGGGCAUGCGAGGAAGACCAGGACACAUGGGAGAACAGGGACAGUCUGGUGUGAAAGGACCUCCAGGACUUGUUGGGAAGCCUGGACCUCCAGGUCCCCCAGGGCCAGUUGGAGAAAGAGGCUCUCCAGGACCGCAGGGUAGACAAGGAGCUCCUGGGCCACAAGGAAUAGAUGGAAUGCCUGGUCCUUCAGGGGUGCAGGGAGUGGAUGGAACCAUGGGAAGACCAGGACCUCAUGGGAGUAAAGGUGCUCCUGGAGAUCCAGGCCCAAAUGGGCCUCCAGGUAUCCCAGGCCCUCAGGGUGCUGAUGGCUUGCCAGGACCACCUGGGGAGAGAGGAGACAAGGGAACACUGGGUCCUCCUGGCGAUCUUGGGCCAACUGGACUCGAAGGACAACAGGGUCCACCAGGUCUAGUAGGACCAGAAGGACCACCAGGGUGGAAAGGGGAUCAGGGAGAAAGGGGUCUCUGUGGCAAUAUUGGCCCUCAGGGACAGAAAGGAGAUCGCGGUCCACAGGGUGCAAAAGGUCUGCAGGGUCCACCUGGGCAAGUGGGCAAAGAGGGAAGCGUUGGUCAGACUGGAGACGCUGGUGACCCGGGACCUAAAGGAGAAAAAGGCGAUACAGGCCCUCAAGGGUUCACUGGUUUGGAGGGUCCAUGGGGAGCCCUCGGGGAGAAAGGAGAAAGGGGGCCCAAAGGGGACAAGGGCAACGUUGGCCUUCUGGGAGAAUCAGGUCUCAUGGGUGGAGUUGGACCUGCUGGGUUAAAAGGACUGCAGGGUGAGACAGGGCCACCAGGACCAGUAGGAGCCAAUGGACCCCCAGGGAACAAGGGCGAGCUGGGGCCUAGUGGUGUACAAGGUGUUCCGGGACAAGCUGGGCCUGAGGGAGCAGCAGGUGCAGCAGGAGUGAGAGGAGACACAGGAAAGCCAGGAUCACAGGGUAGUGUAGGUCCUGUAGGCCCCAAAAGAGAUCUUGGGCCUAAAGGAUUCACAGGACCAGAUGGUGAGAAAGGAGAUGCAGGGAAUCAAGGAGAACCAGGUGAAGAGGGGCUAGAGGGCCUUCCAGGUAUUCAAGGGCCUCCUGGACUGCCUGGUUUUGAGGGAUCCCAUGGGGAAUCAGGUGCUCAGGGCCCACCAGGCCCACCAGGAACCCAGGGAAGCAUGGGUAGGGCAGGGCCAGAGGGAACACAAGGCAUGAACGGAGAGAAGGGAGAUGAUGGCAUUACUGGACCUACAGGAAAUGUGGGUCUCACCGGAAGGAGGGGAAAAAGAGGCAAAGCUGGUUCACGGGGCCUAAGAGGACCAAGAGGAGAACAGGGAGAGAAAGGGGAGAUGGGAGAGGAUGGACUUUCUGGAUGGGCAGGACCUAUGGGUAUUAUAGGACCACGAGGAGAGACGGGUGAUCAGGGUGUAAAAGGACAAGAGGGGGAGAAAGGUGACCAAGGGCCAGAUGGUCCACCAGGAAAAGAUGGUCUAAAGGGUAGCCAGGGUUCUCUGGGGCCACCUGGACCACCAGGACCAAAGGGGGAUCAGGGCAGUAUUGGUGCUGCUGGACCAAGAGGGACACCUGGAAUACCUGGGCUACCUGGUUUUUUUGGAGAAAAGGGUCUGAAGGGGUUUCAGGGAGCUCCUGGGCCAGCUGGAAAAAGAGGCCUUCCGGGACCACCUGGACCUCCAGGACCUCCAGGCCUCUCUGUGAACCUUACUAUGAAUCAAAUUAAGGAUCUAAUGUAUGUUUCAGACAAGCCCAACUACUCACUGAUUCAGGUUCUCCUGGACUCUCUGUUCCAUGACCUGAGGCUGCUGCAGGAUCCACCUGAUGGUAGCAAGGAGCACCCAGCCACUACUUGCCUGGAGCUGUUGCUGUGCCAGCCCAACUACACCAGCGGGUUCUAUUAUAUUGAUCCAAAUCAAGGCAGUCCUGCAGAUGCUCUGUUGGCUUACUGUAACUUCUCUGAGUCAAAGGCAGAAACGUGUCUCCACCCUAGAACUGCACAGCUACCUAUGAGAGCAUGGCUGAAUGAUUCUAUGACUAAUAGUUCUUUCUACUGGCUCAGUUCCCUUGAGAGUGGUUUUCAGUUUGAAUAUCCAGGACUCAAUGUGGUCCAGGUUCGUUUCCUGAGACUUCAGAGCAGUCUGGCCGAGCAGAGAGUGACCUUCUCCUGCUACCCCGGACACAGACUGGGUCAGGCACAACGACAGGUCAAGUUCCUCACUGACUCAAUGAGGCAAAGCUACUUGGGGGCCGUGCAGGACUGUGUGCCCGCCAAGGAGGCAGAUCCUGGACCUCGGGAGUCUGUGCUUCAGUUUGAAGAUAAAGACCUGCUCCCUCUGCGAGACGUUGCAGUGUUUGCCAACAGCAGCCUUUCACAAGAGUUUGGAUUCACUGUGGGACCCGUGUGCUUCAGCUAGAGUCUGAGUGUCAGAGGAUGCUUUGAGGUGUAUAACUCCACACACAGAAUCCGGAAGAGAACUGGAUAGCAUGAGGAUGACCUGUGGCUGUACCUCAGAACGGGCCCUUUAUAAUCCUCAUUACAUGUUAAUGACUCCUUAAAAAAAGGCACUUUUUUUUACUGGUGCUCCUUACCAAAUGAAUCGUGGUGUAUGUUUACAAAGACAUUUGGUUUUGUAAUUUAUAUACUGUGUAAUUGUUAUAGGAGUAUGGCUUUUUGUUGUGUCAUUUAGUUUAUUUCUAGUUUAUGUCCUCAGCUGGACUAAUAAUGAGUGGAGGAUCUAUCUGUGGGAAACAGCCUCCUUAGCCAGUUGCAAAGACAGGGUCUUAAUGUAGCCACUAUGUGGUUGCAAAGUCCAACUGUAGUCAACCUGAAAUUAUAGUCCACAUCUUUUAAUACACAGUCUUAGAGUCACAAAAAUAAUAGUAAUAGACAAUUUGUGGAACUAUUAUGAUUUGUUUUUUUCUUUUGUUGGAAAGUGUUAACAAUGUGUUCUCAAGGGAACACAGCUUCAGCUUACCUUCAAAUGAGGUUACAGCAAGAUUUCUGCAGAGAAAAUAAUCCAAUUUAGUCUUUUUUCCCUUCAGAGUGCUCAGCGUUCUGUAUGUCUUACAGUGUGUAUUAGAGUUUAUUUCCAAAUGUGAGUUCCAGCUUUAACAUUUGAGUGUGAAGGUGGGCUGCACAUGUUUAUUCGCAUACAAGCAGCAGUGUUGGGGGGUAGUUACUCAAAAAGAAAUACCAAUUACAAAUGACUCUCAAAAUGUAAUGGGAUUACUUACUUAUUACUCCCUGGUAAAAGUAAUAUCACCACUUUUAACUUUACGUCUAUGGUACUCUCUAAAAACCCACACACAUCUGAACCAACUGGAAAGUACAAGAGAAAACCCAAAGAUUUUGUUAAAUUAACUUUAGAGUUAGGCCCUGUCUCUUUCCGGGGGGGGGUCUCACUCUUUCCUCAGCAUGGGGAUCUUAAUCUAUCAGUUUCAUAUAUUAGAUGCUUCGACUCAUUGUUUGCUGCUUUUGUAGCACUCAUAUUCACAGCCAGCUGUUGUAGGUAGCAUACAUACAAAUAACAUAGAAGGACAGGUGCAAAUAAUCUAUAUAGAGGAAUUUUUUGAGGCAUUAUGUGUAUUUCAAUUCAUAAUUCAUAUUCUACUCUUAGAGAGAUGAGUAGCAUAAAUAAGGACAUGCCAUGAUUAAGCCAGUAACUGCUAUGUGAUUACAUUAACUUAAACAGUAAUGUGUUUUAAUGGGUUUUCCUUUUACAUUGUCAAAGGUCUCAGGUUCAAUAUAACUGGGAGUGAUGGAACUACUGUGCAUUUAAUGCCAUAUUUGGUGCCUUUAAAAUACAUGCAACCAUUUAUGCUUGCAAGUUAUUGUACUGUAAUGCACACAAGAUUGAUUUGUUGUCUAUUCCAGAGAGAAAAACAGACAGAAAGCUGUGGAAUGCAGGUACAGAGUCAUUGCUGUAGAGAUUUAUUUCCACUUUUUAAAAGUAUUCCAUGGUUCUGGAUGACAAUAAAAACAGUACAAGUGCAUGGUAAACAAUGUAAACUAUGUCAUUCUUUUUCCUUUUCUGAACAGUUGCUGAUUUGGUAGGUCUCAGGGAGCACUUAUAUUGAGGCAUGUGUCUGAAAAUACAGUUCAGCACAGUUGAAAUCCCUCUCAUGUCAUCCUUCUUUAUAAGAAUUUACACCAGUAAAAGAAACGUUUAGUGUCACUGAACAUUAGGGAAUUCACUGGGGGACUCAUUAGUGCCUGCAUGAACCUGUCCAGUAGCAAAAUCAGCACAACCCCAUCCUCCUCAACGAAGCUAGGGCCGCUUUGUGCAGUUCUAACAAAGAUUUUUUUUUUUUGUAAUGUAUGCUGUACUUUCUAUGUAAUAUGUGGUGACAUUUGAAAUCAUAUGCUGGUCAUCUGUUCUGAAUAUAGGCUCUAGGAAGAACGAAUGCAUAUUACCUUAUAUUUGUGCAUUGUGCUCAUCAGUUUUGUAUCGU